AUGAGCAGCAAUCAAUGGUGUGACUGGAAUCACAAUCGUCGGCUACAUCUCACCCUCAAUUAUCGCAGCUUCAAAUACAUCCAUCCGAUGAUACCAAGCCAUCGCCCACCAAUCAAAAUUCGGCGCACCAACACUCUCACUACUGCCCAAUUAAUGAAAAAGCUGAUGCAGAAGGAUAGAGAAGCAAAGCAACGGAAACAACAACAACAACAACAACAACAACAACAGCGGCAGCGGCAGCAGCAGCAACAACAACCACAGCCAUCGACAAGCUAUAGUAGCCAGCCUGGCCCAAGCUAUCAUGUCUACCCGACAAAUCGUCCUGGACCAAGCUCAAGAAAACAUGAUGUUUAUGCUUUCACAAGUGAUGAUGAAGCUGAAAGCGAGUCGCGGAUUGGACCGAGAUCAAACGCACAAAAGUCCCUACCACUGCGACCCCCUCGUUUCCCUGGAGCAGUUAUCCCUACUUUUAAAGUGGAACAAGGUGAAGAGGAGGAUAGUAGGCACUUGCAAGUGGGUGGUCAGAAAAUCAAGGUAUCAUCAAAGAUGCCUCUUGGUGAAGUUCUGAAGUUGAUGUCAAGCAACAAAUCUCGACCCGUCACCAAAGCCGAGCGAAAAGUGCACCCAAGCCCGACGAAUUUUCCUGAAAUUAAAUUCGCUGUGCCCGCUUUGCCGAAGCCGAAUGCUCGUAGACAGAGGCCAUCAGGGCCAGUGGCAGUCCCAGCAUCGAUCAUCGAUCGUCCAACGGCCACGACGCCUAUGCCACCUCCGCCCUCUGUUGCUGACUCGCCUCCAAAGGAGACAAUCAUUCCAAAGGAACCUGUCGCUACCGACAUCGAGCCUACAUCCCCUCAACCCAGCACGUCACAACCAACAAUGGACAUUCCAAUUCCGUCAGCUAUUUCCUCAAUUGCCGAAGUCCGACCAAAUGCCCCGGUAGUGCAGGCAGCCCCGGAAAUGCCACAACAGCGGAUCAAUCUUGACGAUGCGACCGCUAUGCCUGUUGCUCAAAUCAAAGGGAAGAGAGCAGCGUCAAGUGAAGAAAUGCCACCGCCCCUUCAUACACCGCCGAAAAGAAUUUCUCCUGGAAUCGAGGCUCCUUGUCUGGCCUCCCCAACGCCAGUGCUGGUCCGGCCUUCAGAGACUUUGCCAACCCAACCGGCUCCGGCCGUAUUGACACAAAAUCGGUCUCAAUCAUCGGCUCCAGCGCAAUCGUCGCCAAGCCCCGGAAGUGGCCAAUCAGCGGUUGCCCCACCGUCCCAACCUGCGAUUACACAACCUCAGCAAGUCCAACUCGGACAAUUCACUUCGGCCCAGGUAGCAGCUUUGUUGCAACUAAGUGCUAUGCAACAACAGCAACCGAACGCUCAAAUCCUCCAACUAUAUAGUGAGCUACAAAGGGAUAUGCUGUCGUCACCAAGCACAUAUCAACAAGCCGCCGCAAUGCAGUUGGAUACGCUACAGAGGAAUCUGUUGCCAUCAUCAUCAACAACUAGCUUAAACAUCCAAAUUGCCCCGCAACAGCAACAGUCUCCGGUGUCGAUCCCCGCUACCAUGCCACCAAGAACGAUAGUCCAGGGAACAUAUCACUUGGCCAGUCCAACGCAACCUACCUCACUACCAAUGUCGAGAAAUUCAACAACCACACUGUCGCUAACUAUGCCCUCACAAAUGCCGACAAUCGCCUUGCAAUAUCAUAGUCCAAGUGUGCAACAGCAAUCACAGCCAGCAACAAACAGCUCUGCGCCGAUGGAUGAGCUGAUGGCGGCGCUAACUCAAAUAUCGCGCUCGACGCAGGCUCCUCUGAACUUGUCGCCGCAGGUUCCUGCAACAAGCCCGGCUCCAAUCAGGCUGCCGAUGUCGCAGCCAGCGCACACCGCUCAUCAACCGGCGGCUUCAAGCUAUGCAUAUCCUGGGCCGCCGCAGGUACCACCACCGAUCAAUGAUUUCCUUCGGGUGGCGAGUAGUAACCAGAAUCCGUUCCGAGCCGCGCCGAACGCUCGUUUGGCCGGUCCAUCUGCUUUGGACCCGAGAUUCUGGAAUGGUCCCAAUCAACCACCGCCUCAGGACCCUCGCAAUGGUGAUCGCCGUCAA